AUGGCCCUUCUUCGGUUAUCUGGAUUCUGGCCUAACUAUCUCAUGCACCAAACAGUCGUGGCUAGAAAGUCAAGACAUGAGACGCAGCAGAUAAAUAAAGUGGUUUUGGAUAAUGGCAUACUCCAGGUCACAUUCUCAAAUCCAGGGGGCCAUGUCACCGGAAUACGGUACGAUGGCCUUGACAAUUUGCUUGAACCCGACAACGUUGAAUCUGAUAGAGGGAUGUGGAAUUCCUCACUUCAGGGCAAGGUUGUCCCUUUGAACUUCGACAAAAGAUAUGUAAUGCUUCGUGGGUCUUCAGGAUUCUACACAUAUGCUAUCUAUGAACAUUUGAGGGAUUGGCCUGCUUUCGACCUUGAUAACACCAGGGUCGUGUUCAAGCUUACUAAACAGAAGUUUCACUAUAUGGCCAUAGCAGACCAUAGACAACGUUAUAUGCCCCUACCUGAAGACCGAUCGCCAGAAAGAGGGCAGCCUCUAGCCUAUCCAGAGGCAGUCUUACUUGUCAAUCCUGUAGAGCCUGAAUUUAAAGGAGAGGUAGAUGACAAAUACGAGUAUUCAUGUGACAGCAAAGACAUUGGUGUUCACGGGUGGAUUUCCAAUGACUCAGCUAUUGGUUUCUGGCAAAUUACACCAAGCAAUGAGUUCAGAUCCGGUGGACCCCUCAAGCAAUUCCUGACUUCUCAUGUUGGCCCCACUAAUCUUGGAAUUUCUAGUGCUCUUGAUCACCAGGUCUGGCAUAGUACUCAUUAUGCGGGAGCGGACAUCAUAAUCAAAUUUGGGCUUAACGAGCCAUGGAAGAAAGUUUAUGGCCCAGUUUUUAUUUACCUCAAUUCUUUGUCAGAUGGAGGGAGCCCACUUUCACUCUGGGAGGACGCUAAAAAACAGAUGAUGAAUGAAGUUCAAAUCUGGCCCUAUGACUUCAUAGCUUCAGAGGACUUUCCACCACCAAAACAACGUGGUAGUGUCAGCGGCAGAUUACUCGUGCUAGAGAGGUACGUUUCAAAUGCAACGAUACCUGCAGAUUGUGCUUAUGUGGGACUGGCAGCCCCGGGAGAAGUUGGCUCCUGGCAGCUAGAAUCCAAGGGUUACCAAUUUUGGACCAAAACAGAUAAAGGUGGAAAUUUCACAAUCAACGGUAUACGGCCCGGUGACUACAAUCUUUAUGCAUGGGUCCCUAAUUUUAUAGGAGAUUAUAAAAGUGAUUCUGUCAUUAACAUAAGCUCAGGUAGUAAGAUUAAUAUUGGUGAUCUCGUAUAUGAGCCUCCAAGGAAUGGCUCAACAUUAUGGGAAAUAGGUUUGCCAGAUCGUUCUGCUGCAGAAUUUUUCAUUCCUGAUCCAAACCCAAAAUAUAUUAACAAACUUUAUCUCAACCAGGAAAGGUAUAGACAGUAUGGAUUAUGGGAAAAAUAUGCGGAGUUGUAUCCCAAAGGAGAUUUAGUUUUCACAGUUGGGCAGAGUAACUACACAAGAGAUUGGUUUUUCACUCAAGUUACAAGGAAGAAAGAUAAUAACACAUAUGAAGGGACUACAUGGCAAAUCAAGUUCUGCCUGGAUGAAGUGGAUGAGCGUGUAGCAUAUAAACUACGCUUGGCCCUUGCAACUGCUAAUGUUGCCAAUUUGCAGGUUCGGAUUAAUGAUCCAAAUGCUAGUCUUCCUCUAUUUUCAACUGGAGUGAUUGGCAAGGAUAACACAAUCGCAAGACAUGGGAUUCAUGGGCUUUACAGGCUAUAUGAUGCUGAUAUACCAGGGACUCAGCUUCUGAUAGGAAAUAAUACCAUUUUUUUGACACAAACAUCGAGUACCAGCCCUUUCCAAGGAGUUAUGUACGAUUAUAUUCGCUUGGAAGGUCCACCACCAUCACAUAAAACCGUCAAGGAGAUCUGA